AUGAGGAAUGCCAAUUUGUACGGGAGAUAUGACUGCGCAGCCAGGGCAUGGAUGUUGAUGUUGGUUGGAUGUACCAUUCUGGAUGACAAGAGUUACACACGUGUGGAUGCCAAAUGGCUAGUUAGGUUUAGUGAUUUGUCUACAUGCCAUACAUUUUUCUGGGCCAGUGUUGCAUUGGUUUGUUUAUACGAUAACUUGAACGAUGCAUCCAUGUUUUCUACAAGGGCCCUUGCAGGGUAUGCGACACUUCUUCAGGGUUGGAUUCACGAGUAUUUUCCUACCCUUGGUAGGCGGGCUGCGUCGGGACUUAAUUGUGAUGAUCCUAGCUUUCCUCGAGGUAUGCGGUGGAUGUAUAAGCAGGGGAAGACCAAGCUUCCCGAGUAUCGACCUAUUUUGGAUGCACUGACCCCUGAUGACGUGAUAUGGCGUCCGUUUGAGAUUCAUACAGGUAGCAUUCCUUUUGAUCUGAUUACUCUGUAUAGUGGUUAUCUGCGUGGGUGCACGUAUAUACCACCACCACCUCUAGCUCCUGCCUAUGCUGCUAUUGAUAGCGACUGGAUUGGUUAUCACGCGUCCGUUGAUCGGAUCCUUCAGUCGACACGUCCAGUGACAUAUGCUUAUGAGACUGCACCUGAUUACUUGUCCUGGUACUAUAGGGCAUCACAUCCUAGAAUGUGUCGCCCUGUUGAUGGACCACAUGGAGCACCACCAGUUCCACAAUAUGCACCUGCACCAGAUGCACCAGUACACGAUGCACCAGCAGAAGAUGCACCCAUUGUGUACUUUAUUUAG